AUGAGCAAUACACUAGUGAGGGAUGUUGCCGAGCCUGUUCCUAUUAUUCAGGACUCUGUGUUAUCAAGGUACUUCGUGGCUGUUUUGUCAGCCUGCGUGGCUGAAACUGUAACAUAUCCACUUGACCUAGCAAAGACAAGACUACAAUUACAAAAUGAAGUUGCUGCCGUCAAAAGUGGAUUACAUAUGGAAUACCGGGGCCUUAUCUCAACAGCUAUAAAUAUUUCAACAAAAGAAGGCGUACUUAAGUUAUGGUCCGGUCUACUGCCCAUGUUCCACCGCCAUAUGUUGUACUCCGGGUGUCGUCUCGUAUUCUACGAGCAAAUCCGGAACCUGUUAUUGGACGAAAACGGGAGAUUGUCUCUCGGAUUUUCAAUAAUAUGUGGCGCGACUUGUGGUGCCAUGGCGCAGAUUAUUGCGUCUCCCGCUGAUCUCGUAAAAGUGCAGAUGCAAGCAGAAGGCCACCGAAUACAACAGAGCAAGCCACCGCGAUUUAGUGGCUGUAAACAAGCAUAUACAAUGAUUUACAACAAAAGUGGCAUUAUGGGUUUUUGGCGAGGAUCGAUCCCAAAUGCGCAGCGUGCAGCAUUGGUCAAUAUUGGUGAUCUAGCGGCUUACGAUUAUAGCAAGCACUAUCUAAAACGACAGUUUGCUAUGAAGGACGGUAUACUCCUCCACACACUGUCAGCCUUUAUAGCCGGUCUAGUUGGUGCUGUAUUGUGCACACCAGCAGAUUUAAUUAAGACUCGCUUAAUGAAUCAAUCAAUGGGACCAGAUGGAAAAGGCACGCUCUACAAAAAUUCAGUGGAUUGUUUGAUACAAUCCGUUACCAACGAAGGCUUCUUUGUUUUAUACAAAGGAUUUGUGCCAUUAUGGUUUAGAAUAGGACCUUGGAUGGUAUUAAACUGGAUUGCAUUUGAAUAUAUAAUGAACUCCAUAGGUGGAAAGCCGUUUUAG